CACGUUCCUGAGGAGCAACUGUACUCUUCCCUCACCAUUAUCUUAAAAAGAAGAGCCGUUAUUUAAAAUAACUUCUGCAAAGUGUUGUCAGCAGCCUGUGGCGUGCCAUGGGAUUGACUAAGCAGUACUUGCGCUACGUUGCCAGUGCUGUAUUCGGGGUUAUCGGCAGUCAGAAAGCUAACAUCGCCUAUGUGACCCUCAGGGGUGGCGAGAAGGGCCGCUACGUUGCGAUAGCUGCCUGCGAACAUGUAUUCAUAUGGGACGUGCGAAAAGCUGAAAAGGUUCUAAUUCUUGAGGGUAAAAAGCAUGAAGUAUCAUACUUGUGCCCCUCUCCUGAUGGUGUCCAUAUUGCUGUGGGUUAUGAGGAUGGGGGUGUGCGUAUCUUUAGCUUGCUUAAUGGAGAAAGCAACAUCACAUUUAAUGGGCACAAAUCUGCAGUUACCAUCAUUCGGUAUGAUGCGCUGGGUGCCCGACUUGUCACCGGAUCAAGGGACACAGAUGUCAUUGUGUGGGAUGUGAUAAACGAAUGUGGUCUAUACAGACUCAAAGGACACAAAGACGCCAUUACACAGGCAGUAUUCCUGAAGAAAAAGAACCUACUGGUGUCCAGCUCUAAGGACAGCUUUGUGAAGUGGUGGGACCUAGACACACAGCAUUGUUUUAAGACCAUGGUGGGCCAUCGCAGUGAGGUGUGGGGAUUUGUUUUGCUGAAUGAGGAGAACAGAUUGUUGACAGGCUCUGCUGACAGUGAACUCAGAGCAUGGGACAUUGAAUAUCUGGAAGAGGGUAAAGAAGUAGGAGAGCCACAGGAAAAGAGAGGGAAAGGUCUUCUCGAUGAUGCUGAUGAUGAGGAUGGUGGUGGUGAUGAAGGUCUGGAUGAGGAGCCUGAAGAGAGGAUCGUCAGCUGUAAGAAAGCUGGCUCUAUUUUCAGAGAGGCCAGGGACAGGGUCGUAUCCUUGACGACCGAUUCCAAAGCCAAAGUUCUAGCAUGUCACGGUACCGAUGCCACACUGGAACUGUUUACGGUGCUUCCAGAAGAAGAGAUCCAGAGGAAGAUGGAGAAGAAGCUUAAGAAGGCCAAGAAAAAAGCCAAGUCUCAGGAGAAUGGGGAGGAUGUUGCUGAACCUGUGGUGGAGAGAAAGCUGGGAGAUGAGAUCCUGAGACUGGCUAACAUCAGAGCCUCUGCCAAAAUCCGGUCUGUGGACUGCCUCCUGUCUGCUAAUGGAGAGAUGAAGGUGGCUUUGUUGCUGCAGAACAACACAGUGGAGACAUACACUGUGAAGAGCACGGAGAAGAACCCUACUGCCACCAAGACCUCUCGGCUCACGCUGAGCGGACACCGCACAGACGUCCGAACUCUGGCCUUUAGCUCUGACAACAUUGCCAUCCUCUCCGCCUCUGGAGAGACUGUCAAAGUGUGGAACAGGGCCACAUUGCAGGUGAUCCGUACCAUGGCAUGUGAGUACGCCCUGUGUUCGCUUUUCGUUCCUGGGGACCGACAAAUCAUCCUAGGAACCAAGAGCGGGAAGAUCCAGAUCUUUGACCUGGCCUCAGGCAGUCUCCUGGAGACGGCUGAUGCUCAUGACGGAGCUCUGUGGUCUAUGUGUCUGUCUCCAGACCAGAGGGGCAUUGUUACUGGAGGUGCUGAUAAGACGGUGAAAUUUUGGGAGUUUGAGCUCGUCAAGGACAAGGAAGGUGGACAAAACAAACUGACAGUGAAACACACACGCACGCUCCAGCUGGAUGAGGAUGUGCUGUGUGUACGCUACAGCCCAGACCAGAGACUGCUGGCUGUCUCCCUGCUGGACUGCACCGUCAAGAUAUUCUACACAGACACUCUGAAGUUUUUCCUGUCUCUUUACGGACAUAAGCUGCCCGUGCUGUGUAUGGACAUUUCUCAUGACAGUGCACUGAUAGCCACAGGCUCUGCAGACAGAAACGUGAAGAUCUGGGGUCUGGACUUCGGCGACUGUCACCGGUCCAUGUUUGCGCAUGAUGACAGCGUCAUGUUUCUUCAGUUUGUCCCCAAAACCCAUCUGUUCUUCACCGCGGGGAAGGACAAAAAGAUCAAACAGUGGGACGCUGACAAGUUUGAGCACAUUCAGACUCUAGAGGGUCAUCAUCGUGAGGUGUGGUGCCUGGCCAUCAGUCCUAACGGGGACCACGUUGCGUCCUCGUCUCAUGACAAGUCACUCCGGCUGUGGGAAAGGACCCGAGAACCCAUCAUUCUCGAGGAAGAGAAGGAGAUGGAGAGAGAGGCUGAGUUUGAGGAGAGUUUGGCCAAAGGAGAUGAGCCAGUGGUUCCAGGAGAGACUAAAGGGGAGGCCCAGCCGGCAGGGAAGAAAACCAUAGAGACGGUCAAAGCGGCUGAGCGGAUCAUGGAGGCAGUGGAGCUGUACAGAGAGGAGAGUAAGAAGCUGGAGGAGCACAGAGCAGCCUGCGAGGCAGCAGGGAAAGCGUUACAGCCUCCUGAGAUGAACCCUAUCCUCGCUGCCUUUGGAAAUGUCUCUCCAUCACGCUACGUUCUGGAUGUUAUUAAGAAGGUCAAGUCAAGUGAACUGGAGGUGUCUUUACUGGUGCUACCGUUCCCUUACGUCCCAGACCUGCUGACUCUGUUUAAUGGCUACGUGGAGCAGGGCCUGGAGGUGGAGUUGGUCUGCCGUUGUCUCUUCUUCCUGCUCAGGAUCCAUUUUGGGCAGAUCACCAGUAAUCACAUGCUCCUCUCUGUCAUUGAUGAACUGAGGACCAACACCAUCUCCAGAGUCCGGGAGAUCAGGGAUGUUAUGGGCUUCAACAACGCGGGCCUGCAGUUUCUACAGCGCGAGAUCGAGAACAAAGAGGACGUGAUGUUCUUUGCUGAUGCCACUGAACGUUUUGCGGAGAAGAAGAGGAAAAGGAAGAAGAGAGAGAGAGCCAUCCUUACGAUCACCUAAAACAGUUAUCGAAAUCCAGCUUUUCAAACCCUCUUGAGAAUGAUGUGUCUCCACAGGUCUUGUCCUUAGGAAGUGACGUGUGCACAUGUAGAUCCAUGU